AUGACCACCGAACACACGUCCACCGAGCCGUUACGGGCGGCCACGCCUACAAUGACAGAACCUUCACGACCUGCGACAGCGCACACAGCAAAUGGUUCCCUUCAACUUCCGGGCGUCGACGGGGUCACCGAUGCAAACAACAGCACAACAGCGGUCAACGCCAGUGCAACCCCCAGCAGACCUGUCACGCCAAACACAUACAACCAACUCAACGCCAGGUUUCCGCACACCCAAGUCGCAUACGAUGACCCCGACUUCAGACGGCCCCCGCCGCUGAAGUACUCGUUGCGAACGCGCAAGAAGGCCAUUUUCUGGUUCUGGACGCUCAUCAUCCUUGACUGUAUCUUCAUGCCCAUCGGGCUGUACUUUGGCAUGUGGUAUGGUCUCACACGAGAUCAGCUCUCUGCAAAUGCCACUUUCAGUAUUAGUACUGCCUUGCUGGGUACCGUCUCGAUUGUCGAAUACUUCAUUCGUUUCCACCGACUUUGGAAGAAGGACUCCCAGUGCAGAGUCAUCGGUGCCAAACGAGCCUACCUCGAUUGGUUCCACUGGAAUUUGUCUUUCGCAUGGUUCUUCAUCAUGAUCGAACUUAUCGCCGGAACGUGUCCCCAUGACCCUCCGAUCCGUGUCCUUGCCAUGCCAGCAGCCACUAUGCUUUUCGCUAUUGGCUUCCAGCUACUGCUCCUCGAUAUCCUCCGACUCCGCGGCGUCCCCGCCCCGUGCCGUAUCUCUUCGCUUCCCAAGGGCGCACCUCUGCGACCUGGUAUCUACGCGUACAUAGAGGACAUUUGCGCUGUCGAUGGAUCUGGAGGCACCGAGUUCAGGCAAAGACUUAACCUGCGUUACCAGGCUAGCAAGGCCUUCCGCGAGAUGUUGCACCGCUUGACAUUGUUCUGGGCCAUUGGCGCCAUUGUCUGCGCUACCGUCACCACUGCUAUCAUCUUCACCAUCCAGCGUGAUGCUGCCUAUGUUGUUGGCUGGAUCCUUCCCUUCCUCUGGGCCGGUGUCUGGGCCGCAAUCACUAUUCCCUGGGUCCAGCGUGACCUAGAGAAGGAGUAUAACGACUGGACCGAGGCCAGGUGGAAGGCUUAG